AUCGCACGCAUCGCAUGUAUAAUCCGUUGGACACCAAAACAAAGGUUAUCCAUUUCUUUCCUUGCAGGGUCUACAGAAAUUCUCUGGCAGUAUCAUCAACAAUUCUCAUCAGAUUCUGUAUUACCUGAAAACAUUCAAUUUCGCAAGUCGCAACCCUUUAUUUUUCGUCAUUCAAUUCCUUUCUCCUUCCUCCUACUCUUUGCAUCAGAUUCUCUCUUUCUACUCCGUUUUCCAGGCCCAAAAAGCUCUCUUUUCUCGCUACUUUUCCGCCAUUUUAUCCUCCAUUACAAGCUUUGAAACUUUCUUACUGCGUUUUUCUGCUAGAGGUAUUGGAUUUUUGGAGAUGGCUUUAAUGGCGGAUUUUCAGAAUUAUUGGAGUUUUUAGCAAUAUCGUGAUUUUUGCGUAUGAAUUCGUAUAUUUGUUCGGAUUAUGCAAUUAGGGUUUCGUAAAGCGAUUCGAGUUCAUAAAUUAUGCUUCCGUGGGGUGGGAUUAGCUGUUGUUUGAGUGCUGCUGCACUUUAUCUUCUUGGAAGAAGUAGUGGGAGGGAUGCAGAUUCUUUGAAAUCCGUGGGUCGAGUUAAUCAACUGAAAGAUUUGGCACUGUUGCUAGAUGCUGCAAGCAAAGUUAUACCUUUCGUUGUCUGCGUCUCUGGACGUGUUGGUUCUGAAACGCCAAUAAAAUGUGAAUACAGUGGAUUACGAGGCGUCAUGGUGGAAGAAACGGCUGAGCAACAUUUCUUGAAACACAAUGACGCUGGUUCAUGGGUACAGGAUUCUGCAUUGAUGCUAUGUAUGAGUAAGGAGGUGCCCUGGUACCUGGAUGAUGGGACAGGUCGUGUUUUUGUUUUGGGAGCACGAGGUGCUACUGGUCUGGAAUUAACUGUUGGGAGUGAGAUUUUUGAGGAGUCAGGACGAUCCCUUGUCCGUGGGACAUUGGACUAUCUCCAAGGUCUUAAGAUGUUGGGAGUGAAGCGCACAGAACGAGUGCUUCCAACUGGGACACCCUUGACUGUCGUAGGGGAGGCUAUCAAAGACGAUGUGGGAACAGUUCGCAUUCAGCGCCCUCACAAAGGGCCUUUUUAUGUUUCUCCGAAAACUAUUGACCAGCUAAUUGCAAAUCUUGGAAAGUGGGCUAGGUGGUACAAAUUUGCAUCCCUGGGAUUCACUGCCUUUGGUGUCUAUCUGAUUGCUAAGCAUGCUCUUGGACUUAUCCUUGAGAGAAGACGUCGAUGGGAGAUGCAUAAACGGGUUCGUGAUGCAGCAGCAAAAAGAUCAGGCCGGGAUGAUGGAAAGGAUGGUGGAUCAGAUAGUGCUAAGAGAGAUUGUUUGAUGCCAGAUCUCUGUGUCAUAUGCCUGGAGCAAGAGUAUAAUGCUGUGUUUGUCCCGUGUGGUCAUAUGUGCUGUUGCACAGCUUGUUCAUCGCAAUUGUCAACAUGUCCACUCUGUCGACGACGUAUUGAGCAGGUUGUUCGAACUUUCCGCCACUGAAGCAUGGGUUUUGCUUUUUGGUGCAUCAGAUAGGUGUUGAGUACAAGGAUAUCAAAUGUAGCUCCAGUUUGAAACUGCUCAGGUCUCCAAUUUUAAGUAAUUAGGUUCCGAUUUGAAAUUAGUACUAUUUAUGGCAAUAUAUUUUCCUCCCUUCAUGGGAAACUGCCGUAUGGAUUGAUGUCCUGAUGUCCUGUGGCGGUAUCUUAGUUCAUGUUUCUGGGCGAAGGCAUUCAGCACUGUAAAUACCUCAUCUGUGAACCUAUAUCUUAUACGGGAAAAAUUCAACGAAAGCUUCAAUUGAGAAAUUAAUGUCUUUUUACCGCAACAAAAAUCCUAGGAUCGAUGGACUCUUCUACCAUACUCUCUACAUGCUCAAAGCAUAACUAAGCUUUCGUUAGUUUUGGAUAAUGGACAAUACAGUACAAGUGUACAAUAAUAGCAAAGCGUUAUUUCAAGACAUAGCAUGUGUAUCAUCAUACAUAUAUAACACAUGCUACAGUAUGUAUAUGCUAUAGUUGAAGUGAAUUAUACGAAGUAUAUAUUUAAUGUAUCACAUAUGCUAAAGCUUAAAUGAUGCUA